AUGAAGGAUGUUACAGGAUUUCUCAAACAGCAGCAGAGUAAAAGCAGCACUCCCGAACUGGCUACAGAAUGGCACACGUUGGAGGAACUCUACAACAAGAAGCUGUGGCACCAGCUGACCCUCAAACUCACAGAUUUUGUUCAGGAGCCCUGUUUUGCUGCAGGAGAAGGCCUUAUCAAGCUGUAUGAAAACUUUCUUAGUGACUUUGAGCACAGAAUCAAUCCACUAUCCCUUAUGGAAAUUAUUCUCCAUGUAGCAAGACAAAUGACAGAUCCAAAUGUUGCCAUAUCAUUUCUUGAAAAGACCAGGGAAAAGGUUAAGAGCAGUGAUGAAGCAGUGAUUCUCUGCAAGACGACCAUUGGCAGCCUGAAGUUAGAAAUAAACGACCUUCCGGCAACAAAGAAAUUGAUUGAAGAGGUUGAGGAGAUGCUCAAUAACCUUCCUGGGGUGACGUCAGUCCAUGGGCGAUUCUAUGAUCUCUCCAGCAAAUAUUACCGCAUCAUAGGAAACCACGCCUCCUACUACAAAGACGCUUUGCGCUACCUGGGCUGUGUGGAUGCAAAAGACAUACCAGAGGCAGAGCAGCAGGAAAGAGCCUUCACUCUGGGACUGGCUGGCCUGUUAGGGGAGGGUGUUUACAAUUUCGGAGAGCUUUUAAUGCAUCCAGUGUUGGAAUCCCUGAGGAGCACAGAUAAACAAUGGUUAAUAGACACUCUUUAUGCUUUCAAUAGUGGAAACGUGGAAACGUUUCAGUCUUUCAAGGCUGCAUGGGGACAACAGCCUGACCUUGCAGCCAAAGAGUCGAGUCUGAUGCAAAAGAUCCAACUUCUCUGCCUCAUGGAGAUGACUUUUACUCGUCCAGCCAACCACAGGCAACUAACCUUUCAAGAAAUUGCCUUGAGUGCUAAGGUUCCAGUAAAUGAGGUGGAGUUAUUGGUGAUGAAGGCCCUGUCCGUUGGUCUGAUAAAGGGCAACAUUGAUGAGGUAGACCAGAGAGUUCACAUGUCCUGGGUACAGCCAAGGGUACUGGAUCUACAACAGAUUAAGGGAAUGAAUGAUCGCUUGGACCUCUGGUGUGGAGAUGUUAAAAAUACAGCCAUGCUGGUAGAACAUCAAGCACACGACAUCCUGACAUAAACCUGCUGUCAACUGUGUAAAGAUCUAUUGUGUUAUUGUUAACACAAAAUGUUGCAUAAUGGAACUUGGGGGAUGUUUUUAAACUGUCUGAAAUUGUAAUACUGGUGACUCCCAUAUAUGUUUCAGAACAGCAACUGUAAAACACACACACACAACAGCGUCGGACGACAUAUGAUGAAAUAAUAGAAAUUCUUCCUUUUUUAUAUAUACUGUUUGAGGUGCCAUACGUUUUUAUGGUUGUUUUUAAAAUAUGUUUUAAAUUUCAGCUUUUUUAUUUUAUUUUAUUUUUUUUAAUUACUAGCUUUUAUUAUUUCUCUUAUUUGUAUAAAGCACGUUUCCAGUAAUACUGUACUUUGGUCAUCAUAGUCAAGCACAAUGCCACGAACUAAAGUAAGAGUUGGAAUGUUUUAAUAAACAGGUAGCCCAAAAUAAGGGAUUUUCAGAAAUUGUAUUGAUGUUUCUACACCAUGUAGACUAAAGCUAGCUUACUGUUAAGACUGAAAUUUUUUCAAUAAAAUAAGCCCUUUUAAAAUAAGAAAGAAGAAUUUUUUUUUUUUUUCUUAAAACAGUAUGGUACCUAAAUUUAUUUUAUGAGGCUAGUUUUUGUUCAACCCACAAAUGAGACUAGCUUUAUUACAAGCUAUAAGAUUUUUAUAAACCAAAUGAUAUGUUUGUAUGACAGACAGCCCAUUUGUUUUCAACCCCACUGAAAGCAUUGAUUCCACUGUCGACUCUCUGAGUUGUCUCAUACAGGUCUACAGUGUAGAGAUCUCUUCCUACAGAAGCAGUUUGUUUGGAAAAAUGUCUUGGGUGAUGCACACAUUGUUCAGAAAUGGCAGGAGAAAAUAAAUAGAUUUCUAAUUUUUUUUUUUUCUAAUCUAGAAAUCAGCCAUUGGUGAUAAGAAGCUUUUCUUCCAUGCUGUAGAAGAAUACAUUUUUUAUGGUUUUAAAUGUAAGCAACAAACAGAAUGAAACAGUCAGAUACUGGUCUUCUGACGUUAGCUGAUUUUUUUUUUUUUUUUUUUUUUUUUCUCCUACUGAUAUCUUGACAAGUGUUGCCAGUGGUUUGAUGGAAACAGGUCUGUGACUAUAUGUGUGCUACCUUUCUGUCUUUGGACAACAAACUGUCACCCUCAAUUAACGCUUUCGAAAUGCAAAUAAAAGACACAAGUGUGUUGGUAA